AUGGCCUCUGCAGAUUCAAUUAUCAACAUUGAAACACAUAGAAGAAUCUCAGAACAUUCCAUUUUUAACUCAAAUUUCAACCAAGAAAAAUGGAUACAGCAGAUGAAGAACAUACUCAACAAUGAGGCUAGUCUUGGUUAUGAAACUAACAAUUUUAUUACCAUAUUUAAAGUUACCACAUCGCUUAAAAAUAAAAAUAGAGAGUUCUAUAUACCACAAAAACUAGCUUUAGGACCUUACCAUAAUUUCUCAGCUGACCUCUACAAGUUGCAGAAAUGUAAGCUUCAUCAAGUAGAGUUACUUCAUCAGCAGCUUGGUUUCCCCGAAUUCGAGCUUCUUGCUGAUCGAAUCGGGGAAAAAACGGGUGAUAUUAGAGGGUGUUACGACGAGAAUCUUGAUGUUAAUGAUGAUACAUUGUCAUGGAUUAUGGUGAUUGAUGGUUUGUUCUUGCUGCAGUUGCUGUAUCAAGAAACGGAACAAAAUGCGGAUUCGUUGGAGUUUAUCGACGCAUUUGGAAGAAAGAUUACGUUUGAUUUUAUCCUUAAAGAUGUGAUGAUGAUUGAAAAUCAAAUUCCGUUGUUCGUGUUGGAUUGUCUUUUAUCCAUGUCGAAAUCUGUGUCGGAAAUCGAAUCUUUGUCGUGUAUGAGCGUAAAAAUAUGUUCGAGAAUUUCUCCAAUAGUACUUGAAGGGGGAUUUUUCGGCCCGGAUUUUGAAAAUGCUUUUCAUCUGUUGGAUCUUCUCUACAAGAUGGUUUGGUAUGGAGGGUCCCAAAUAACUCCAUACGCAUUUUCGAUGAGUAGUAGUAGUAUCUGGAGUCGACUAUGGAGUACGAUUAAGACACUAAACAUCAGUGUCUUAGCCGUCCCGGUAAGAAUGAUUGAUUUAGCUCUGAAAAUCUUACAGCUUCUUGGAGUUUCGUUCUCGUUUGAAGUAGCCGAAGAGAAACAUUUGAUUCCGAGAGCCUCGGAGCUGUCUGAUGUUAAGGUUAAAUUCUGCAGCACAACUCAUGGCAUUAGUCACAUUGCAUUUGUCAAGAAGGAUCAUGAUGUAACUCUUCGUCUUCCAACCCUCGAGUUGAACGUUUAUUCAGAUGUAAUCAUCCGUAACUUACUUGCGUAUGAAACUAUUACCAAACCGGAGACCCCGAAUUUCGCCCGUUACAUUGAACUAAUGGGAGCCAUGAUUCAAACGGUUGAAGAUGUGAAGCUGCUAAAAAAUGAGAAAAUUUUGAUGCAUAAUGGAGAUAAUCAUGAGGUUUUAAAGCUAUUUAGUGGGAUUAAAAGCUCCGUACCAUCCGGUGGUAAGUCGGGUUUUGAUCGUUCUAUCGAAGAGCUUAAUGAAUACUACAAAAAUCAUUGGAAGAUAAAGUUAAGAACAUUAGUGAAGAAGUAUGUGUAUUCUUCAUGGAAGGUGCUUACCAUUUUUGCUACCAUUUUGCUCCUGCUGUUGAUGAUUCUUCAGACUUUCUGCUCAGUCUACAGCUGCCAUGGGAUCUUCAAAAUGAGACUGAGUAGCUUGAGUUUAAGCUUGCCUUCUAGCUUCUAG